AUGGUGAGAAAACUAUCAGUAGCACUCCUAGCUUUGUCGGGUGUAUUAAAUGCCCAACAAUCAAACAGCCAAAGCGCUACUGCAACUGUAUCACAUAUUCCAUUGUCUACAGCUUCACCUUCACCCGCUCUCCCCACGGACACCAACAUUCCGGGCGACGAUGAGGAGGUAUACCCUCAGCCAUGGUGCAGCAGCCCUAUCUACUGCUCCGGUGAUCUUUUGCAAUCUGUUGCACUUGCAGAGCUGUACGAAGAUGGCAAAACAUUUAUAGAUAAACCUACAAAAUUUUCGCAAGCUCAAGUCUUAGACGCUUGGAGUAAAGUUAAUGACGGCGAUCAAGAGAACGCCACAGUAGGUCAAAUAGAACAAUUUGUACAAGAAAAUUUCGGUCCAGAAGGUAGUGAAUUGGUGGAAGUUCUGUUGCAAAAUUUCGAUACGAACCCUGAAUUUUUGAAUAACAUUAAUGAUGACCUCGUGAAGGGAUUCGUUGGUACUAUACAUAGCUAUUGGAGCCAACUUAUUCGCCAAGUUAACACCACAGCUACGUGCGAUAACGACAGUUGCGACACCACAUUGUUGGAGUUGCCAGACACAUUCGUUGUUCCAGGUGGUAGAUUCAGGGAAUUGUAUUACUGGGAUACUUACUUUACCUUCCUCGGUAUGCUUAACUCAGGUUUGAGUGAACAGGUCCGCGAGACACUCAAUAAUUUCAUUCACGCUAUCGACACAUAUGGCUUCAUACCAAAUGGCUUUAGGAGUUACUACCUGAAUAGAUCCCAACCACCAUUUUUUGCACUCAUGGUAGAAGACUACGUGAACUGGACAAAUGACACCGGGUUCCUGGAUAUCGCUUUGCCGGCUAUCGAGAAGGAACUCGUCUGGUGGAAGAACAACCGCACUACGGAAGUAAAGUCUCCAUGGACUGGUAAAUCUCACAAUGUUGCAAAAUAUAAUGUAGCAAAUACUGCGCCAAGACCUGAGAGCUACUUGGCUGAUUUCGAGGUUACUAAUAAAGAUGUAGAAUAUACGGAAGAAGAGAAACAAGAACUCUACGCUGAGCUCUCAUCUGCUGCUGAAUCAGGUUGGGAUUUCUCCAGUCGGUGGUCGAAAUCACCUCGUGCUAGUCAAGGUCUAGAUGACCAAAAUCCCGUCCUCAGACAACUUAACAUUCGUCAACUUGUUCCUGUCGAUCUCAACUCCAUUCUUUACAAAGUCCACACAGCAGCAGCUUCUUUAUAUGCUAUAUCAUCGGAUAGCAAUCAAGAACAAAUAGACGCACACAACAAACGCGCGGAGGAAAUAAAGGAGGCCAUUUUGGAUCUUAACUGGGACAACGAUCAAGAGUCUUUAAUCUUCAAAGAUUUCAACACAACUGCAAGCGAUUACUCUUCCACUUGGUCAUUAGCUAGUUAUUUCCCAUAUUGGGCGGGUAUCAUUCCAGACAGCGUCUCAAGCAGCGUAGAUACUGCUCAGUCUGCCUUUGCUGGCUUGAGAUAUACAUUGGAUAGAUUUAAUGGAUCAUUGCCAACAACUAUCAUUGAUAGUGGCUUACAAUGGGACUUGAAUGCUUGGGCACCGCUGCAAUACAUCACAAUCAAGGCUCUUGAAGCACUUCCAGAUAAUGUUACAACACAGGCACUUCGCAGACCUGAAGAAGGCCAGUCAACUUUCUCACUUGUUCCUUCCAAACAAUUGGGAAUGGAUGACGAGUCACAAGUACCUAUUCAACCAUUGUACAACAUUUCAGGCAGCACUUCAUCUAAGAACGGUUUCACAAAUGAAUAUGAAGGCAACAACUGGAGAGACACACUAGCAAAUGAGGCUGUGCAGAGAUUUAUCAGUAGUUCUUUCUGUAGUUGGUAUUCUACCGGUGGUUCUAUUCCAAACAUGCUCGAUCAGUUGCCAGCUGAGAAGCUCGCACUAUACGAUGCAGACAGCUCAUAUACAGGCUAUAUGUUCGAGAAGUACAAUAGCACAAACCUUGUUGCAGCAGGUGGUGGCGGCGAGUAUGAAGUCGUUGUUGGUUUUGGUAUGUCCAAUGGUGUACUCAUAGACCUUGGAAGCAGAUAUGGAGAUAAGCUCAGCAAACCACAAUGUCCAGACAUUGAAAUCACAGAAAGGCAAUUACCUCGUAGACAAAUCGGACCUCUUUACAGUGGAAGGAGAACCCUGAACUACGUCGGACAGUAA